UUUUAUUUGAAGUCAUAACUUUAAACUUUCUCUGUAUUUUACAUAAUUUUCAACAUUUUGCUGCUGCUGUGAGAUACUUUAUCUUAAGCUUACCUCUCGUGACAAAAAAAGAUGUCAAUGCAAAAGAAAGCUAAACCUAGGUCCAUCUGUUAUACAGCAGGUCGGCCACCAUGGUACAAUUCUCAUGGACACUUAACUGAAGCAUUUCUUAUUGGAAUAUGUGGAGGCAGUGCAUCUGGUAAAACUACUGUAGCUAGAAAAAUAAUCACACAACUGGGAGUACCCUGGGUUGUUAUUAUUUCACUGGAUUCAUUCUAUAAGGUAUUAACUCCAGAGCAACAUAAAGCUGCAGAAAGAGCAGAAUACAAUUUUGAUCAUGCUGAUGCUUUUGAUUGGGAGCUUGCAUGUUCAACUUUAAAAAAACUGAAAGAUGGAAAAAGUGCCAAGAUUCCUGUCUACGAUUUUUCAACACACAGUAGACUUUCAAAAGAAAAAACAGUUUAUGGUGCAAAUGUUAUCAUAUUUGAAGGAAUUAUGACUUUUGCUUGUGAAGAGUUACUAAAGUUGUUUGACAUGAAGAUCUUUGUUGAUACAGAUGAUGAUAUACGGUUAGCUAGAAGACUACGACGCGAUAUUAAAGAACGUGAUCGUGAAAUAACAAGUAUUUUAAAACAGUAUGAUAAAUUUGUGAAACCUAUGUUUGAGAAGUUUAUUGCUCCUUCCAUGAAAGAGGCUGAUCUUGUUGUUCCAUGGGAGGGUGAAAAUUUAGUUGCUAUUAAUCUUAUCGUCCAACAUGUUUCUAAUCAGCUCGAAAAGAGAGGAUUCAAUUUUAGGUCAGAACUUAUUAUGAAUCACAAAGGACAACCACUACCAGCUAAUUUGGAAGUUGUUGAAAAUACACCUCAAGUAAGAGGGUUACAGGCGAUCAUCAGAGAUCGCAAUGCACAUCGAGAUGAUUUUGUGUUUUAUUCACAACGACUGAUGCGAAUAUUAAUGGAAAAAACAAUGUCGCUCUUGCCUUUUGAGCCGUAUGUAUGUGAGACACCACAAGGUACGGAAUAUUCUGGAGUACGAUUCAGUGGCUCGCUAUGUGGCGUAUCAAUCUUGCGAGCUGGAGAGGCUUUAGAAGAUGCACUUGUUUCUGUCUGUAAAGACGUGAAGAUUGGUAAAAUCCUCAUUCAAACUAAUAUACACACAACGGAACCAGAGCUUCACUACCUUCGUCUUCCAAGAGAUAUUGAAAAAUAUCAAGUCAUUUUGAUGGAUGCCACGGUCGCUACUGGCGCAGCAGCUUUGAUGGCAAUACGUAUUUUACUGGAUCACGACGUAAGGGAAGAAAACAUCACUUUUGUCUCACUGAUCAUGGCUCAAGCAGGCGUGAAUACAAUAUCCUGUGCUUUUCCAAAAGUGAAGAUUGUCACCACUUCUGUGGAUAAAGAUAUGAACGAUAAGUUUCACAUUGUACCAGGGAUAGGAAAUUUCGGUAACCGUUACUUUGGCACAGAAUUGGAGUAAAAUCCACAUUUGUUGUUGCUUAGUUUUAUUGUUACUUUUUGUAUAAUUUAGCCAUGGAAAUUUUUAUCUAAAUUUAGUAUGUAUAAAACGUCGGUUUAUAUUUUUUAUCUACACUUCAGUAAAAAUAUAAAGUUUUUAUUUUUAAAGGAUUUGUGUAAUGUGUUAAUGUGUAUAAUCUCUCUAUUAUAUAUGAACGGAUUUCAGGAGUUUUUUCUCCCAAUAGUAAAACGGGUUAAAACUCCCCUAUUCGUAUGUUAUUUCUGAUGCUCAUCUUGCCAUUUAAACGAAAAGAAGCGCCAGUAAAGCGUUGUUUCCAUUUGACUGCGUUUUUCGCCAUAGCGCGAAAAGCUCACGAGCUUUAUUGUUAGCGCAUGCGCACUUGGACAACUUUUUAAUUUCUUUAAAUUACGCACGAGCUAACAAAGAAGCUCGUGAGUUUUUUCGCUAUAGCGGAAAUACAACCAAA